AUGUCGCUCGCUGUUUUGCGUAUGCCGCUGAGGCAAUUUCCUCGCCGUAUGUCGUUACGAUUGGCGUCGACAAGCAGUAGAGCACCCCUCAAAUACACUGGUCGCAUUCCGAAACCCGCUCCUCCAGCACCAGGUCCCGGCGAGACAAAGACUCCCGACACGCAGGAAGAGACCCAACAAGCUCGCAAAGCCAUCAUGGACUCUAUUCAGGACGACCGAAACAAGGACUACAAGAGGAGAUAUCGUUCUUUCGCCUUCAAGUGGACUGCCAUUAUCGUCGGCACUCCCUUCGUCGUCGUCACCACUCCAUACUUGUACAAGAGAGUUUUCCUCGGCGAAGAACGAAGGAGACUUGUCCUAGACGAAGAUGACGACGAGGACCUCGACUAA